AUGGAGCAAAGUGGCAAAUGGGGUGAAGAGCUGGGAGCUAUUGCACGCCUAAAAACAGCAUUCUACGUUGAAUUGGCGAAAAUACUAAAAGAGAAAACAUAUUUUACCGCAUUUCAUCAUUUUUUACGGUUGCUUUAUACUCACAAUUGGCUAAUGAAACCACUUUUUGUGGAUUUUAAUAACGAAUGGAAAGAAGAGGAUAUCGAUGAAAUGGAAAAAGAAUUUAUAAAAUUGAGACCUGUUUUACCAGCUAUGGUUAUCUGUACAUCGGUUGAUAGAAGUGGCUCUCGAUGGACAAGGGAAGAACCUCAGCCAUUAAUUUUAAAGCGAAUUGUCUCACUUGCCAAGGACACAGCAGCAGUAAUUGAUGAACACAUAAUUAGCAGUGUGCCACUAAAUCUAAAGGUUUGA